AUGGGCUUCCUCUACUCCCAAUUCUUCGUGACCCCCACCUAUCCCACCCAUUCCUUCAAGGACCAAACCAUCAUCAUCACCGGCUCCAACGUCGGCCUGGGCCUCGAAGCCGCGCGCCACAUUGUCCGGCUGGAGGCCGCAAAGGUGAUUCUAGCCGUGCGGAACCGCCCCGCCGGCGAAGCCGCCAAAAAGUCAAUCGAAGAGUCCCUUCCCGGAUCCACAACCGACAUCCAAGUCUGGGACCUGGAUCUCGCGUCGUAUGCGUCCGUCCUCAGCUUCGCGGAGCGCGUGUCCCACCUGCCCAGGCUCGAUGUCCUCCUCUGCAACGCGUCCCUCGCAACCCCGACCUUCCAGCUCGCAGAGGGCCACGAGCGCACCGUCACCGUCAACGUCAUCAGCACGAUUCUCCUGGCGCUGCUUGUCCUCCCGACCCUCAGGACCAGCGCGGAGAAGUACCCCGGGACCAAGCCGCGUCUGACGACGGUCGUCAGCGAGGUGCACGCGUGGACCAAGUUCCCCGAGUGGAAGGCGCGGAAUACGUUUUCCGCGCUUGACGACGAGAAACACACCGACAUGGGGGAACGGUACCAGACCUCCAAGUUACUGCAGGUGCUGGUGCUGCGGGAGAUGGCCGAGCGGAUGCGCGAUGACGCUGUCGUGGUGAACAUGCUCAAUCCGGGCCUGUGCCAUUCGCAGCUUGGACGCGAGGCCGGGAUCGGGCUCGCGCUGAUGAAGAUGGUUAUGGCGAGGACGACGGAGGUGGGGAGUCGGACGCUGGUUGCGGGUGCGGCGGCGGGAGAGGAGAGUCAUGGGGCGUACAUGACGGAUGGGAAGGUGGACAAUGGGGCCUUGUCGAGUUUUGUGCGCAGCGAGGAGGGGAAGAGGGCGCAGGAGAAGGUUUGGGGCGAGUUGAGGGAGAUUCUCGAGGAGAUAAAGCCGGGUGUGACUAGCAAUUUGUAA